CUCUCUCUGCUCUGCUCUGCUUCUGUGACACGGCCAUGGACGACCCUCCGUUACAGAAGAUCGCCAUAUCGGGCCCCACCCUCGCCUCCAUAAUCCAACGUUUCAACUCCUCAAAUGGAGACGUGGACGGCCUGCUCUUUGGCCACGUCACUGACCUCACCCCCUCCGAUCUGCCGGAUGACGACGGACCUGACCUAUCUUCGUCUCGCUCGGACUUGCCCACUCUCGUCGCCACCAUCACAAGCUUCUUCUGCUCCGGCACCGUUAAUAGUUUCUACGAUUCACUGGGUCGAGUAGACCUUAAUGCUAUCCGCCGAUUUCUUGAUGACGGAGGACCUGGCCGGUCCUUGAUCGGGUGGUUCAUGGGGAGGCGCAGAACCCCUCUACGGCCCUCCAUGCGAGAAUCUUCAGUCACGGCCUCUCUCUCAAACAAAGCCCUUAACCUGGUUUCCCAUGUCGAUCCACUCUCUUCUAGUCCCAAUUUUCCUCCUGGCGUCUUCAUCGUCUUCUCGACGCCCUUCUCCGAUCAAUUGAUUCACACACACGAUCACCGAGCCUUCCAGUUUCGUCAAUCGACUGGUGUCUUCGAGCCCAAAUCAGUGGAUGUCGUCAACAUUGGACCGGCGUUUCGGGGACAUUACAAUGCGUUUUCACCUAGCUCGCCCUUCCCAUGGUUGUCUUGUGGGUGGAGCCAUUCGGAGGACAAGAGUAGCGAGAGCUUAAAUCAGGUGACACGGAUAUCGAAAGAGCAACAGGGUUUGGAUUUAUGUGCUGAGGGGUUCGAGAGCGGGAGGUUGAGUCGUUUGAUGGGUUCGGAGGCGGCCAACUAUACUUCCGAGUUGGAGGGUUUAUAUGGCAAAAUGCUUGCGAAGCUCGAGGGAUUGGCACGCCUCGUCGAGCAGAGUUCGGCUAGGGUCCUUGAACAGGAAAACCGAACUGUAAAGUUACGGUUGAAAGUCGCAGGCUUGGAAUAAUAUUGGGAUCCUGGGAUGACCUCUUUUGUUGUGUCAGCUGGUGCAGAAUCCAGUGUAGUGGGAAGAGUGCUAAUAGGCCUUUCAGUGGUUAUGUUUUUUGUGUUAUGGCUCUGCAUUCUGAGAUCCUUGGCCUGUUGCUGGCUAUAUUCAAAGAUUAGCAUCAAGGUUAGAUCUAUGAUGUGUGAACAUUGACAAUAGUGAGAAACCGAGACCGGUGCUGUCUUGGACAUGGCAAUCACUCAAAAUCAAGAAAUGAGGACAAGCCUUUGUGUAUUUGAUUGAUCAGUUCUGCUUGACAUGUUUUUGAAUAUCGGAAAAAUGGGGAACACAAGUUCCUUCUUAAAAGU